AUUUCAUCUGGGCUAACCCAUGUGGGGCCUCCAUGGAAACUGUGGACAAAAAUGUCUGGGCCCCAGUUAGGCAGCCCAGGUGACACCCAACUGGGCCCCACCAUGCUGUGUUGGCUGGGGAUUGGACAGGGAUUCUAUGUUUAGGUCUUGAUCGUGGUUGCUAUGAAACUAUGACUGAUCUGUCAGAAUAAAAAUAUAAAAAGCAGGACAUCACACACUUCUCUGGAACUGGAUAAGAGGAACAUCUUAGAUUGUGUAUUAUAUGCAAUUGUAAACUACUCUGUUUGGAAUUCUAAUUUUUUUAAAGUCGUAAAUAGGAAACAAGCUUAAAUUGUUUUACAUAAUAUUUUUAUUUUCUCUAUUUUCUAUUAAGAAUGAAUGAAACUCUUUUUAUACUUUUGUUAAAGCUAUACUUUUAUAAUUUCAGUUUUCAUCACCUGCAUGUUACAGACACUGUCUCCAUCUUUCUGCCAUUUUCCUUCACAGGAGCUUUUUUUCUUUGCUUAUAUAAGUACAUUCAGGCUAUAAAUGAAUUCAUCUUUUCAUCUGUAUUAACUGUAUUUUUUAAAAUAUUUGUGUGUGUAUGUUAGGAGCUGGGUGACUGAAAAUGGCAAAUGAAAAUUUCACUGUGAACAAGAUAGACAGUUUUAUAAUCACUGGAUUUGAUCACCUGCAGAACCAAAAGCUCCUUGGAUUCUUUAUCUUAAUAACCUACAUGCUCAUAUUGCUUGGGAACAGCAUCAAUCUGUGUAUCAUCAUGACUGACAGACAUUUACACAAACCAAUGUACAUAUUAAUCUGUAAUCUAGCUGUUGUUGACAUAAUGUUCUCCUCUACCUGCAGCACAACUAUGAUCUCAGUGCUGCUGGCUGAGAUUAAAACUGUCUCAUACUACUCUUGUAUCUCAAGGACGUAUUUCUAUCAUGUUGGUGAUUUCACAGAGGUCAUGGCUCUGACUUUAAUGGCCAUAGACCGACUUAUUGCAGUUAAGCUUCCCUUAAGGUAUCACAGCAUUGUAACAAAUUCACGAACAUUUCUGUUUAUUUUUGUGACCUGGAUCGCUGGUUUUGCUGUUUUGGGUUUUGUGAUAUCAGUGGUAGACAGUGUCCCAUAUUGUCAGCCUGUCAUCAGAUAUGUGUUUUGUGACUAUGCUUCCAUGAUCAGAGCUGCUUGUGUCAAUCCUGAACCCUAUUUUUUCUUACCUGCAAUGUUAAGUCUGUGGCCAAUAUUUGGGCAAUUUCCCUUUAUUUUGUGCACUUAUGCUGUUUUGGCCUACAGUGUGACCAAACUCUCUAACAACUCAAGCAGAAAGCAACUGAUCAACACUUGUUUGAGUCACCUCAUUGUCCUGCUUAGUUUUUAUGCACCAAAGAUUGUGUCUAGCUUACUAACUCGAAUAGGAGUUGUACUAAAUUUAACAGAGCGAAACGCCAUUGUGAUUGUAGCCUCUCUAGUUCCUCCCUUAAUAAACCCCACUGUUUAUUGCACCAGAACUAAAGAGAUCAGGAAACGAUUAGCAGAUAUAUUCUUGCGCAAAAAAAUAGUACCAAAUCAUUUAAAGUCAUUAUCAAUAGCUUUAUCAUCUUAAUUCUGAUUGUGAUGAUGUUGCUGCUGCUUGUUUUGAUCAUGUGUUUUGUGAUGCUGUUGCUCAUGUUAGAUACUAUAAACCAAAGCAUAGACAUGCUGAUAUUAAAUUGUUUGUUUUCAAAUAAAGUAAAAGUAAAAUAGGGAAAAUAUUUGGAGCUCUGCUUAUUUUUAAAAUGACAGUAUUGGCAAAAAAUUUAAAAUGUAAUGUUAAAUAGAAAUCAUUUCUAUGCAUUUACAAAUACCUGUUAAACAAAACUGUUUGAAGAUACAUUGUAUAUCCCAUCUUUGUAUGUGAAGCAUAAACAAUAUCAGUAAUCAUAA